AUGUUUCGAUUAGUCCAGUAUGGUAUUAGAGGAUCGCAUCAUGCGAUAAAAAAGCCUUUUUUAUAUACAAAUGUUCGCAUGUAUCUAUCCGAUGGUUAUCAAGCAUUUGAUAAAUGGGAUGAAUCAUUAUCGACUGAAAUUCUACAAAAAACAAAUAUAAGUGAACUUCUGAUUGAUGUCGAAGAUAAAUUAAUCAGAAAGAAAUAUGUCAGUUCACUCGAUAUCGAAAUUCUUGCAGCGAAAUUAACCAAUGUCGAAACAACUGAAGACCUUAAAUUGGCAGAAACAAUUUUAGAAAAAUUUCGUCGUACUUCAGAAGCUCUUGAAUUUCAACCUUCAUUAGCCUAUUCACUUGUUCGUAAUUAUCUUGAUCUUGGCCAAAAAGAACGUCUAUUGCCUAUUCUACAAGAUAAAGUUAAAUAUGGAGUUUUUCUUGAUCGAUUUUCAGCUAAUCUUUUGUUGAAUUCAUUUUUACUUGAAAAGAAAUACAAAGAAGCUACACAAGUCUGUACAGAUCUUAUGUUACAAGAUGAAGGCGAUGAUCGAUUAACACGUGCACUUGGUUUAAAUGCAUGUUAUCAUUUUUAUUUAACAGCAACUGAUGAAGAUUUUAAAAAUCUACAAGAAGAAGAAGACGAUGAAGACAUUGUUAAAGUAAAAGUUAAUUUUGUUCGUAAUCAUACAAACGAUGAUCAUUUUGGUUUGAUUGAUAAACGUAAAUUACUUGGUAAAACAAUUGCCUAUCUCAGUCGAGAGGGAAACAAUAGUAGUAUUAUUUCAUUGCAAAUUUUGGGAAAUAUUCUUUAUAAAAAAUUUGGUCGUAUUUGUGAUGCACUUCAAACAAUAUUAGAUAAUAAUGAUUUACAACUUGACGAAACAAUUGCGAAAACUUUGGAAAAAGAACUUGAUGAAUAUGUCUAUGAUCCUAUUGAAACCAAAGAACGUUUACCUCAAAGUCCUUAUCGACGUCUAGAAUUGAUUCCUGAAGCUGCACGAGAUAUUAUUAAAGAAAAACUUUUACCACAACUUCGUCAACGGAAUAAAAUUGUCGCGUUAGAUCUAAAAGAAUUCGUUGAAAAGAAUCUUAUUGAAAUAGCUGCACUUGCUGAUAAACAUGAUACAAAAAAACAUGAAGAACAAUUAGCUAUUUGGACACGUGAAAGACAAGAACAAUUUGAUGAUCAAAUUCAUCGUUUUGUUAUUGAACAAAAAAAAUUGAAUUUAUUCGAACGUCUUCGUUUAUUAGAAGAACGUGAUGAAUUAUUAAGCUUUUUCGAAAACGAAUCACGAAUCAUCAUGCAUUCGCAAGAUAAGACAUUUGCGGAUGAAAGUUUUGAGAAUGUUCGAACAUCUGGUGAACAUGAAUACUUUGAAUUAGCUCGCAAACAUUAUCAUUGGGAUCGAAUGGAACCACGACGAUCGUUCCAUCUUGAUAAAAAACUGCGUGAUGAAGAGAUGAGUGAUAUAAGAAAUUGGCCACCAUACGAAUAUCUUGCUGAAAAUUGGAAAUAUAGUCUGCUUGAUUAUGUUCCAUUAAAUGAAAAAAUGAAGCGUCGCAAAGAAAACUUACCUCCAAGUGGCAAACCUCCUUAUUACAAACAACACUUUUUCUAA